AUCCUUCCCAUUUAAACUCGUAAACUCAUAAUUGCAUUUAUUUCAUUUCUUAUCCAUCUUCAAAUCCUCAACAAAUCCACUCUGUUAAAUCGAUUCUAAAACCCAAGUCUUAAUUUUUUGUAUUCUUAGUUUAGUUUAUUUAUUAUUAAAAAGCCCAUGUCAGCCCCAUCAACUCGCCGAUUAAGGGACCGAAACGGUGCCGCUGACAAAACCGCCGCCGUCCAAAAACCCACGAAAACUCUAACUCCGAUUUCGCCCGCAGACCCAAACUCCAUUUCCGCGGUCAAAAAAACACUCUCUGGCAAAGAGAACCCCAGGCUCAGUUCUCGGACUCAGAAGCCGACUCUCCGGCCAGUGCCGCGUGUCGACAAGGCUGCGGCGGGUGUUGUUCCAGUGAGUGACGGCGUCGAAGGUCGCAUGCGAUGGUCCACUUCAUCUGCGCCAAGAGGUAGGAGUUCAAGCCCAUCUGAAUUCAUUAGAGUUUUCAGAGAUUCUAGGGUUUCUAAGGGAGAGAGUGAUAGUCGUGUGGUGUCGAGUGCAGGGAAAAAAAAUAGUACUAGGGGUUUUAGGGAUUGCAAAGAAAAUAGUAAUUCUGGUGUGGAGUUGGUGAAAAAGACCGGAUUUUGCGAACGGAAUGAUGUGAAAGCCGAGAAAAAUGAGAACAAUAUAAGUGGAUUAAAGGCUUUGAAUGGUAAUUGCAACAAAGGGGUUAUUUUAAGUUCAAGCUUGACAAAAUCAAGCGAGUUUGACGAUGUUGGUGAGUCAAAUUCAGACGCAAAAGUCCAAAAAGUUGUUAACAUAGAUAAGUUAUGCACAAGUAAAUCUGGGUCUAAUUUUAAAUUUGAUCGUCUAAAAGAGUCAGGGGAGAAAAGUGGUAGUAAAGCUAAGGUCCUAGAGAAUUUUAAGGAUAAGGGAUUGGUUGAAGAUGUUACUGGCAACAAGACUGGUGUUAAGUAUCCGAGUAAGCUUCAUGAGAAGCUUGCUUUUCUAGAAGGCAAAGUCAAGAGGAUUGCAUCUGACAUUAAGAAGACAAAGGAGAUGUUGGAUAUGAAUAACCCUGAUGCAUCCAAGGUGAUAAUUUCGGAUCUCCAGGACAAGAUUUCAGGGAUCGAAAAGGCAAUUGGACAUGUUGGGGGUGAUUCAUCCAAAAUUGGUGCUGAUGAAAAUGGAGAAAAUGAAGUCCGUGACAAGAGUGAAGAUGAGAAAGUUGAUCAGGGAAAGGGCUCAGUCAAAGGAUUGAAUAAUGAGGAUCUUGAAGCCAGACUCUUUCCUCAUCAUAGAUUGCUUAGAAAUAGAACAUUAUCAAAGCUAUCAUCAGGAAGUUCUCAGGAUUAUAAUGAAUCUAAUGUUAUUAACUCAACUAGUGAGUCAAAGAUCAAGGAGAAGUUGUUGAGCCCUAUUGAAGAAAAUCCAAUAGCAGUAGAGUUUUUGGCUUCACUAAAUAAUGAAGACGCAAAGGUAACAUUGGGAGACACAAAGGUGGGACUUGAAUCUUGUGAAGUAAAAGAAACUGAUAGUGCAGCAGCUUCAGGAAAACAAGAUUCUUGGAACAUGUUCCUUGGGAAGUGUCAGGAGGAGCUUGUUCUUACAACUGAUGAGACACUUGAUGAGUUUGAUGACCAGGAAAAUAGACAUACAAUUGUAUUUGGUGAGGAGACUGAAGAUACUUGUGUCUAUCAAGUGAAUGAAAUUGGCACAAAAUGUUCCACAGGAGGAUGGUUUGUGUCAGAAGGAGAGUCUGUUCUUCUUGCUCAUGAUGAUGGGUCAUGCUCCUUUUAUGAUAUCGCCAAUUGUGAGGAAAAGGCUUUAUACAAGCCACCAAUGGGAGUCUCACCUAAUUUAUGGAGAGAUUGUUGGAUAAUUCGUGCACCUAGUGCUGAUGGAUGCUCAGGGAGAUAUGUUGUGGCUGCAUCUGCUGGUAAUACUCUUGAUUCAGGUUUUUGUUCAUGGGAUUUCUAUACCAAAGAUGUGCGAGCUUUUCACAUCGAAGAUGGGGAAACAACCACUUCAAGAACAGUUCUCGGUCCCUUGCCCAGUAAUACUACAUAUAGAAGAAAUGCUUUGUCUAGCUUAUCGUUGCCAGAAACUCGGCAAUGGUGGUAUAGACCAUGUGGGCCUCUUAUUGUAUCUACUGCCAGCUCUCAAAAGGUGGUCAAAAUAUUUGAUAUACGUGACGGAGAGCAAAUAAUGAAAUGGGAGGUACAGAAGCCUGUGUUAGCAAUGGAUAAUUCAAGUCCUUUGCAGUGGAGAAACAGAGGAAAAGUUGUUAUAGCUGAAGCAGAAACAAUUUCUGUGUGGGAUGUGAACUCUCUCAACCAACAAUCUUUGCUAUCUAUUUCUUUAUCUGGUCGAAAAAUCUCUGCUCUCCAUGUGGUUAAUACCGAUGCUGAAUUAGGUGGUGGAGUUCGGCAAAGAGUUACUUCAGCAGAAGCUGAAGGAAAUGAUGGCGUGUUCUGCACCGCUGACUCUAUUAAUAUUUUGGACUUCCGUCAUCCAUCUGGCAUAGGUCUUAAGAUACCAAAAAUCGGUGUAAGCACUCAGUCAGUUUUCACUCGUGGAGACUUGGUCUACAUGGGCUGCACCAAUACGAGGUCUGCAGGGAAAAAGGAAUCUUGUUCGCAGGUGCAACAGUUCUCAUUGCGCAAACAAGGGAUAGUCAGCACUUACUCUUUGCCAGAAUCCAACAGUCACUCGCAUUACUCAGCCAUAACACAGGUUUGGGGAAAUUCAGACUUUAUAAUGGGUGUUUGUGGGCUGGGGCUGUUCAUCUUUGAUGCCUUGAAAGAUGACAUGAUGCAGUCUUUCAAUGUUGAUUAUGGUAGUAACCAAAAGGUUAAAGAUGUUAUUGGACCAGACGACUUGUAUUCACCUUCGUUCGACUACUCGGCAUCUCGAGUCCUCCUUAUAUCAAGAGAUCGUCCAGCACUCUGGAGGCAGAUAUCACUGGCAUGAUGUGUUCUUGAGAAUGUUGUAGUUUGACUAGAGAAGAGGAUUGUCUGGAUAAUUAUGAGCUGUUGUUUAUGUUCUAUCAGUAUGCUAUGUGAGAUUAUAAUCUAUGUUAUUUAUUGAAGUAAAAGCUUAUUCAUAUACAAGAAUCUUUGAGAGGCCAAGUGUUAACUAUUAACCUUAUCAUAUCUUACAUUGUUGUAUACUUAAAAAUAACAACUGCUUGAUAAACAAAUGGGAUUUCCUGAA